AUGGCGGCCGAGCGGGCUCCGCCGGCCCGGGCCCAACCUCCGCCCUCUCCCCCCGCUCCCGGCGCCGCCGCCGCCGAGCCCCCGGCACGAACCGGGCUGAGCCUGCCGGGCAUCCUGCACUUCAUCCAGCACGAGUGGGCGCGGUUCGAGGCGGAGAAAGGGCGGUGGGAAGCGGAGAGGGCCGAGCUGCAGGCGCAGGUGGCGUUCCUGCAGGGCGAGAGGAAGGGACAGGAGAAUCUGAAGCUGGACCUGGUGAGGAGGAUCCGGAUGUUGGAGUUCGCCCUCAAGCAGGAGAGGUCCAAGUACCACAAACUGAAAUUCGGGACGGAGGCGCCGGGGGAGAAACGGCCGGAGGAGCCCGUGUCCAACGGCCCCGUGGAGCUCGAGGGGGUUUGGAAGGAGGGGAGGCAGCUCCUGAGACAGUACCUGGAGGAGGUUGGUUACACCGACACCAUCCUGGACAUGAGAUCCCGGCGCCUCCGCUCACUGCUGGGCAGGAACCCCCCUGGAAUUCCAGAAAAUUCUUUGGCAAUUCCAGAAAAUCCUUUGGCAAUUCCGGAAAAUUCCUCAGGAAUUUUGGGAAUUUCUGGAAUUCCUGGAGCUCCCCCCAGCCCCCCCUCCCCUCCCCCGCCCGCGGAGUCGCUGCUGCUGCGCAGGAUCGAGGAGCAGAUCCAGAGGAACGCCGGGAAGGAGGCGGGGCCGGGGCUCAGCCCCUCCCCCCCCGAGGAUGACAGCGACGAGGAGGAGGAGCCCGAGGGCCCCUCCCCCACCCCGGGCCACGCCCACAACCGCAGGAGGGGAAAGGGUGUCCCCAAGGUCCCCGAGGAGGACGAGGACGACGACGAGGACGACGAAGAUUCCGAGGACGCCCUGGGGGAGUUCGACUUCCUGGGGACACCUGGGGACAGCUUGGGGACACCUGGGGACAUCUCAGAGAGCCACCGGUGCCACCUGCGGGACGGGGACCUGGGGCCACCGCGGCCACCGGGGCCACUGCGGCCACCUGAGGGUGUCCCCUCUGACGCGCUGGCCCUGGACGGGCUCGGGGACCUGGCGGAGCUGACGGUGACAAACGACAACGACGGCGGUGACGUCCCCGAUGGCCGGGCUCUGUCCCCGAAGCGCAGCUGGAGCCCGCGCCUGACGCUGCGCAGUCACUACGACGCCGUGCGGGCGCUGGCCUUUGUCCCUUGUCACCCCGCGCUGGUCACGGCCUCCGAGGACGCCACCCUCAAGCUCUGGAACCUGCACAAGCCGCUCGUCCCCAAGAAGAGCGCGGCGCUGGACGUGGAGCCGGUCUACGCCUUCCGCGGGCACAGGGGCCCGGUGCUGGCGGUGGCGGUGUCAGCAGGUGACACAGGUGACACAGGUGACACAGGUGACAGCGGUGGCUCCGGGCUGUGCUGCAGCGCCGGCGUGGACGCUCGCAUUCGCUGCUGGCGCCUCCCGGCCCUGGACAGCGACCCCUACGAUGGCUACGACCCCGGGGUGCUGCGGGGGUUCCUCGAUGGUCACUCUGACGCCGUCUGGGCUCUGUCCUUCGAUGUCACCGGCCGCCACCUGGCCUCCUGCUCGGCCGACGGCACCGUGCGCCUCUGGGACCCCCGCGGGGACAGCGGCGGUGGCACCGGGGGUGGCACCGGGACGGGCACCUGUCUCAGCGUGCUGGACGGGCACAAAGAUCACGGUGUCCCCACCUCGGUGACGUUUGUCCCCACGCAGCCGGCCCAGCUGGUGGCCGGGUUCCGCUCCGGUGCCACCGUCCUCUACGACCUCGAGGUCACCAAGGCCACCCUGGUGUCCCCAAACGGCGGUGGCUCCGGCCAGGUGAACCAGGUGGUCGCCCACCCCUCGCAGCCGCUGACCAUCACGGCCAGCGAUGACCGCGGCAUUCGCUACCUGGACAACCGCACAGGUAAGGUCGUGCACUCCAUGGUCGCUCACCUGGACGCCGUCACCUGCCUGGCCCUGGACCCCAGUGGCGCCUUCCUGCUGUCCGGCAGUCACGACUGUUCCCUGCGCCUGUGGCACCUGUGCCAGCGCACCUGUGUGCAGGAGCUCCCCGCUCACCGCCGCAAACACGAGGAGGCCGUGCUGGCCGUGGCCUUCCACCCCCGGCGCGCCCUCAGCGCCAGCGCCGGCGCCGACGCCCUGGCCAAGGUGUUCGUGUGACACCUGGGCACACCUGGGCACACCUGGGGACACCUGGGCACAUCUGGGGACACCUGGGGACACCUGGAGAUCUCACCACAGGACAGGAAGUGGCACCACGGUGACGUCAUUGAUUUCUGUGUGUUGGUGGCACCUGGUGGCCUCUGUCACCUCCCUAUGCCCGUGGACAGGUGUGACACACCUGAGGUGACACCUGGGCACACCUGGACACACCUGGAGAUCUCACCACAGGACAGGAACAGCACAGGAGGUGGCACCAAGGUGACAUCAGUUAUUUCUGGGUGUUGGUGGCACCUGGUGGCCUCUGUCACCUCCCCAUGCCCAUGGACAGGUGAGGACACACCUGAGGUGACACCUGGGCACACCUGGGCACACCUGGGCACACCUGGAGACCUCAUCAGAGACCUGGAAUGGGACAGGAGGUGGCACCACGGUGACGUCAUUGAUUUCUGGGUGUUGGUGGCACCUGAGGGGUUCUGUCACCUCACUGUGCCUAGGACAGGUGUGACACACCUGAGGUGACACCUGGGCACACCUGGAGACCUCAUCACAGAACAGAAACAGGACAGGAAGUGACACUGAAGUGACAUCAAUUAUUUCUGUGUUGGUGGCACCUGGUGGCCUCUGUCACCUCCCCACUCCCAGGACAGGUGAGGACACACCUGAGGUGGCACCUGGGCACAUCUGGGGACACUUGGAGACACCUGGAGAUCUCAUCACAGGACAGGAGGUGGCACCACGGUGAUGUCAUUCAUUUCUGCGUGUUGGUGGCACCUGGUGGCCUCUGUCACCUCCCCCUGCCCAUGGACAGGUGUGACACACCUGAGGUGACACCUGGGCACACCUGGGCACACCUGGAGACCUCAUCACAGACCAGGGACAGGACAGGAAGUGACACUGAAGUGACAUCAAUUAUUUCUGGGUGUUGGUGGCACCUGGUGGCCUCGGUCACCUCCCCAUGCCCGUGGACAGGUGUGACA